UGAACAUCUUUCUGUGCCUGGGAUAGACCAAUUUGGAAAGCUUAAAAGAAACAAAUAUUGCAUCAAGCAAGGUUAUUGUGAGUUUCUUUUAAAGCAGCACCUCUGCUCAACUACAUUUGUGACUAGCAAUGAAUGCAACUAAAGUGGCAGACCACAAAACCUGCUCAUCAGGUUUGUACAAGAGACCAGUUCGUAUCACUCAUCAGCAGGGCGCUACUUCAACAUUUGACUAGGAGUACAGGUUACGUUUUACGUUUUAUUUUUUGGUAAAGACUAUGUUAGUUUACAUUUACAUUUAUACUACAUCUCUACAUUUAUGUUGUUUGAGCUACAGGGACGUUAAUUUUACAAUGCAAUAAAAAAGCACAGGAAAACUGAGACUUAAUAUUAAGCUAAUCGGAAAUCUAAUUUGGUAAUAUUUGUGGUUAAUAUAAAAUGUUUAAAUUUUUUCAGUUACAGGUGGCAUUAAGAAACAGCAGUUAAUCAUUUAGAAUCAAGUAUAUGAAUCAAAUUUCAAUCACAUUUUGUAACCAUUUGAUUGUUUUUCGGCAAAUGACCUGCACAUAUAUAACAAAUAAUAUUAAUGAAUGUUAUUAUAAAGUGUUAGCAAUACAACUAAUGAGAUGCACAUAAAGUACUUCACAUAGCUGGAAUAUUUUAUGUUAUUUUACACAAAACAAAUAUAAUAGCAAUAAUAAAACUAGUGAGGACAAAACAACCGAUAUACUUGCUCCAACAUAGAUAAGAAAAAUAUUAGAGUAAAAAAAUUGUUUAAUGCUGUAUAACAUAAUUUUGGCCAGGUAUAUGAAAAUCAAGAGAAGAAUUUUCCAUGUUUGGUGCUUAAAAUAUUAUAUAGUGUUUAAUCGUUGUUUGUGUGAAUUGGGUGAGGAUAUCAGGGUCAGUGUAGCAGCAUCUAAUUUCAUCUAAGUCUGGCCACUUAAUGUGGGAACUCUUGGAUAUUAUUUCUUCUCUUAAAUGCUUCCCAUUUAACUGAGGGCAAUCCUGGGCUUUUGUUACCUUGGUCGAUGAAUGUUUAACAAAUACUUCCAUUGAAAAAAAGCAAAGUAUUUAAGCAUCAGGACGAUAUGAUUUGUAAUUGGUAUAACAGAAUCAGAAUCAGAAUUAGCUUUAUUCGCCAGGUGUGCGCAAACACACGAGGAAUUUGUUGUGGUUUUAAGGUGCUCCUGGUACAUACAUACAUACAUACAUACAUAAAUACACAUGUGACAUGAGAACAGAAAAAAACAUUUAAAUAGUAAGACUUAACAAUGGAUAAUAAUCCUAAUAAUAAUAAGUAUGAAUCUGGAACAGUAGAUUUAUGUACAGAUUUGUGCAUUAUUUACUCUAUAUACAGCUGUAUAGAUAAACAUAUGUAUGUGUAUUUACAUUAUAAUUGAGAGGGAGGCAAUAAUUAAAGAUGGAGAAUGAAUUACAGAAUGAAUUACAGAACACAGGCUAAACUGAGACCAAAUGUUGACCCAGCACGAAACAUCAGCGAUCAUGAUGGCCGUCAUUUGGUCACCGGGGGUCAAUGAGAACUUUCCCCAUGACGAGACCCUGCAGUACCUGCUCAUUCUGUGCUCCAAAGUAGCUCUGAACACGCUUGUCCUGUCUUUCUGGAGGCACAGCAUUCUCAAGUCCCUGCUGGGGCUCUGCAGCGUCUCUAUGUACGUGGCAGACGUGCUGCUGGUUUGUGCGGUCACCGGCGCGUGGCUCUUCAAAGAACACCUACCCACAUCCACCUCCAUGUGCUUCAUCCUGGCGCAUGGAUCGGCCGUCUACGCCCUGCUUCCUCUGCCCAUACUCAUCGCUGGGGCGCUUGACUACGCCAGCUACCCACACCUAGACGUUAGCUCAAGCUCUCGGCGCAGGGCUGUAUGUUACUGCACCGUGGUUGUGCUUCUUUGGGCAUUUGCAUGCUGUUACACCUACAACUACACGGACACGCAACCGAUGGAGAUUUACAAAGACAACGCCAGAAUCCUGGUGUGCCGUGUUCAGGGAUCUACUGUAGUGUUUCAAUUUAGUAUGCAGAUAUCUAUUGCAGUGGGUCUCAUACUUCUGUUUUAUUUUAAGAAGACGAUUGGUUGGAUCCGAAGAGCCAAUAAACUGGCAUUCGCUCCAGAGAAAGAUCAAAACUUUCCUUACAACCAGGAAGGGGAAGGUGGAAAUUCUGAAAGUCAAGAAAGUUCCCCUCCUCUCUUUGUGAGUCUGACUCUAGGUUUCGCUUUGAACUGGAUACCCUACCUGCUAAUGUGUUUGGUGUGCGCCUUCCUGGGCUUCGUGGUGCCAGCUUAUGCCAGUGUCAAUCUUCUGUGGAUGGCGUGUGCCAACAGUGUGCUGGUUGGCAUUGCUUUUUGGUUUAGGGGUGCUAGGACUGGACCUUUAAGAAAAUUCCCAGAUGACACUUGUUUGUGGAACAUCUACUGGCAUUUGAGCAAAGGAACUACACCAACUGUGGAUGCAAAACUUACUAUGAGAUUACACAAAAUGGUUCACAAGCCUGCUGUGACUUUUCAAGAGGUCUAGCCUUAAAUAUUUGAAGGCUGGCAUAAUACUCUGUAUCUGUAUCUAUAUCUCUGUUACAAACAUUGUGAGCUGCUUAGCUAGAAGUUGCAAAUUAAACAGAAAUAGAGACAGAUAUUUUCUUUUGUGUGACGUUAACUGCCAUUCAAAACUUUGGGAUACUUUUUUUACUGUAUUCUCUUAUGCUCAUCAAGGCUGUAUUUAUUUGAUAAAAAAUACAGACAAACGCAGUAAUACUGUGAAAUAUUAUUGCAGUUUUUAACAUUGGUUUCCUGUUUUAAUAUAUUUUAAAAUGUAAUUUAUUUCUAUGAUGCAAUGCUGAAUUUCCAUCAGCCAUUAGUCUUCAGUGUCACAUGAUCCUUCAGAAAUCAUUCAUUUAUUAUCAGCGUUGAAACUGUUGUGCUGCUUGAUUUUAAUUUUUUUUUAAACCUGGGAUACUUUUUUUUUUUUCUUCACAGGAAUAAAUUAUAUUUUAAAGUAUGUUAUAAUAGAAAACGUAUUUUAAAUUGCAAUAAUAUUUCACAAAUUACAUGUUUUUUCUGUAUUUUGUUGUGGGAUUUCACUCAAAAAUGAGGGAAGGGUUAAUUUAAGCAGACUAAUUGAUUGGACCGUCCGGUAUAUGUCACCAAAGAAAAGUCAUUUUGAAUGUUUACAAAACAAAAUGCAUACAUGGAUCAUUUACAGUGAGAUAUGCAACAUACAUAUAGAAGUUAGGGAGAAAAAUGGUGCUACUUUCUAAGACAUCUCAUUUAAAAUUCUAAUUCUAAGCCACUAUCGCAAGCAUUCACAAAGUAUGCAAACCCAGAAUGAAUUGCCACAAGCUAAAUUAAAAUAAAAAUCAUCCAACAUACUUGACAUUCUUAACUCGCUUUAUAGCAAUAGCCAAAAAGACAUUGUAUGGGUCAAAAUUAUUGAUUUUUCUUUUAUGCCAAAAAUCAUUAGGAUAUUAAGUAAAGAUCAUGUUCCAUGAAGAUAUUUUGUAAAUCUCCUACCUUAAAUAUAUCAAAACUUAAUUUUUGAGUAGUGGUAUGCAUUGCAAAGGCGAUUUUCUCAAUAUUUUGAUGAUUUUUUUUUUUGAACCCUCAGAUUCCAGAUUUUCAAAUAGUUGCACCUCGGCCAAAUAUUGUCCUAUCAUAACAAACCAUGCAUCAUACAUGGACAGCUUAUUUAUUCAGCUUUGAAUAAAUUUAGACCCUUAUGACUGGUUUUGUGGUCCAGGGUCGCAUUUGACUAUGUGACUAGUGUUGUUUAUGUUUUUAACUAUUACACAAUGUCUACUACACAAAUUAUUUUAACUUUUUUGGUUAAAAGUUUGAAAUUUAUUAAUAAAUUAUUUGAACUGUAAAGAUGCUUGUCAAUUUUACAGUUAUUUUAGGAUUUUUGGUGUUAUGCUGUAAAUCUGUAAAAUUGGAUAUAAUGUUGCACACUGAAAUAAUAUUGUUUACAUGCAUAUUGUUUGCAUCUUGAGGCUAUACUAUUAAAACAGUAUUUCAAGUGAUUGGCCCCAUUUACUUAAAUUGUGGGUCUCACUAUGACACAGAAUUUUGCCUUGAUUAUUUAUUUAUUAUUUAUUCAUUUAUUUAUUUUUAUAUAAAAGCAGCAACUGAAAAAAAAAUUUGUGAUAACAUUAUGCUACAUAUGAUAUUGAUUGAGCUCAACUUGUACUGAACCCAGAACAUUCCUUUAAUGUAUUAAUGUUACCAGUAGUUAUACAUUGAUUUUAAUUGAUAAGAAUUACAAAAAACUCUCAAAAGCCAAAUUAUCACUAUUCACAAAGGAUGAUGUAUGAAUAACAUACUGCGAUCAGAUUAGCUUUACUCAAACAGAUACUCUUAAUAGAGAAAAAAAGAAAAGAAAAGAUUAUUCUAAAUUCUAAUUAUAAGUUUGCAUUUAAGCAAAAGGUACUCCAGCAAUUUAACUAAAUUAAAGCUCUGUGGGAACGAGUAAUUAGAAUAAAAGUAAACGAGUACAUAUUGAAAAUAAAACUUUUCUUUGCAUUGAAGGAACAAUUUAUGUAUUUAUUUAUUGUUGUAAAAAAGAUUCAUUUUAUUUAUUCAAGAAAAUUUUUUUUUCUUUUUGAAUGAACUGUGUCCUCAAAUUUCAUGAGAUGCAUCCAAAGGCUAAAAGACGACAAGUGUUGCUUUACAUGCAGCCUUAAGCGUACAAACUCAAAGGAACAUCACUGCAUAGCAGGUAAGACUGCAGACACCAAAUACAGCCGGAUACAUGUGGUAAGCAACAAUAUAAUCCUUACUGUUUUUGAAUCUGAGUCAUGUGUCCCUUUAAGGGUUUUGAUUUAUAUUGUUUGCCACAAUACUAGACACAACAUCCCAGAAAUGAUCACAACAACAGGUCUUUUUUUUUUUUUUUUUCCAAGAAUCACCUUUCAAUAUUGCUUAAAUAUUGUCUGAACCAACCCCUAAUCCCAAGUAUUUAACUUUAGCGAGCAACUCUAUCCACACAAUUUGGUUUGUGUGACAGACAAAAAAUAAAAAAGGUAAAAAUAAAAAAAGAAAACUUCAAAUAAAAUUGUCGUCAACCCAAUUGUUACUGUAUUGAACUCCAAUGGUCUGUUUCAAAGCCCCCAAGCCACUUUUUAAAAUCACACAUACAUACACACUAACCACUCAUUAACACUAAAUAUGCAUUCAAUAAUUACCCUUUCUAAUCUUAUAAUUAUAAUCUAAUACAGAUUAAAAAGAAUUUCUCAAACUGAAAUCUUGUUAGGGCUGUGACGGUGGCAGAUUUUUACCACCACGGUUGCGGGCGCAGCUCAAACAUCUAUUAACAAACGUACGCGUUUAUUCUGUCAGUGAACACUGCAACACUCAGCCUGCAAAACACUAGACUAUCAAAGAAAUAAUACAAUUAAAUAAGAAAUUAGCCUAAAUAAUUCGUCAACUUCAAAUCACAAGCUGGAAAAUCUGCGUUGGCCUGAUAACAAUUAGGACGUAAACACUAAUGCUUAUGCCUACCUUGGCUUUUAUAUAAUGUUAGAUUUAAAAUUCUUUAACAGAAAAACAAACAUGUUGAUAUUGUCCGGUUUAAAGGGGUCAUCAGAUGCCCAUUUUCCACAAGUUGAUAUGAUUCUUUAGGGUCUUAAUGAAAAGUCUACAACAUACUUUGGUUAAAAUUUCUCAAUGGUAGUGUUAAAAGCACCUGUUUUACCCUGUCAAAAUCAGCUCUGUUUUCAGCAAGCCAUUUUAGUCCAUGUUGCUUUAAAUGCUAAUGAGCUCUGGCUGACCCCGCCCCUUUCUGCCGUGGAGUGACGAGCAGUACUGUUUACUUUAGCCACGAAACUGGCUAACUAGCACAUUAUUAGGAAAGGCGAUUUGCAAAGAUUCAUAAAAAACCCUUAUACUCACUUCUUCUGUAGAUGAAGCUGGUUCACGAAAGAUUCGCACAAACAGACACAUUUAGGCAGAUCGGGGAUCGUCGCAUUCCCUUCAAAACUAAAGUAACGUUAAUCCUCUGCGUCUUCAGCGGCUCAGAUGUCGGGAGUAAAUGACGACUGCUAUAUUCAUUAUUACAUCCAACAACAAAACGCCUCAAUCGCUUAAUCGGAGACAUCUGGUCUUCCCCUGCACCUGAGUCGACACAAUGGCGGACGGAUGACAGCUCACUCAGGGCGGGUCUGAGACACUAGUGU